AAUUCUCGUUCUCUGCUCGACGGUGGAUCCGUGCCAGCACAGCCAUCACAGCUUGCGAGAACGUCGGACAGUACGGUUUUGUUUGGUGCGGAGAUCUGAGCUCCUGUGGAUCCGUCCUUUGUGGAUACAGCGUCCCAUCGGUUUUGGAGUGUGUGCCCCCGUCUGGUUGUGUAACCACUUUAGAGCACGCGAAUCUGGGUGCGAAUCUUAUUCGGUGCCAACGGUCCACGUGAGCUUCAGGCAAAACCUGUACAGUUUUCCCGUGUAUCGAACCCUGUUUUCCCUGUCGUCAGAAGGUUGUGAUAGUGGGUGUGUCGGUGUGUUUGUGCGUUGAAGAAUUGUUACAUAAUCGUUGAGACGCCAACAGUAAGUUCGAGAGAAUCAAGACCACAAUUCAUCACGCAAUACACUUUCCAGUAAAGUAGCAACACAUACCAAAAGACCCAGAAAACAACAGACAGGAAAAUGACGUCGAUAAACGUGGAAAAGUACAAACUGUCCGACAAAACGGCAAAGCUCACAGCGAAAGAUAUCAUCCCGGUGGUGCAGUCGUCCGAUUCGGCGGAAACGCGCGAGUUCCUGAACAAAAUCGCCGAGCUGCUGGUCGACUACGUCAACAUACAGAACGACCGGAAGGAGAAGAUCCUUGACUUCCACCAUCCGGAGGACAUGAAGAAGCUGCUUACGCUGGACAUCCCCGAGGACGCAGUCACACUGCAACAGCUGGUGAAGGACUGUGCCAUGACGCUCAAGUACCAGGUCAAGACAGGACAUCCCCAUUUCUUCAAUCAGCUGUCGUGCGGUCUGGACGUGGUGUCGAUGGCGGGCGAGUGGCUGACGGCAACUGCCAACACCAACAUGUUCACGUACGAAAUUGCCCCAGUGUUCAUCCUGAUGGAGAACGUCGUGCUGUCGAAGAUGCGCAAGAUCAUUGGCUGGGACGGUGGUGAUUCGAUCCUGGCGCCCGGUGGCUCCAUCUCGAACCUGUACGCGUUCCUGGCCGCCCGGCACAAGAUGUUCCCGAACUACAAGGAGCAUGGGGCACGUGCCCUGCCGGGUGAGUUGGUCAUGUUCACGUCGGACCAGUGCCACUACUCGGUCAAGUCGUGUGCGGCCGUGUGUGGGCUCGGCACGGACAACUGCGUGAUGGUACCGUCGGACGAGCACGGCCGGCUGAUUCCGGCCGAACUGGAGCGGCUGAUUCUGGAGCGCAAGGCACGGGGCCAGAUUCCAUUCUUCGUGAAUGCGACUGCCGGCACUACCGUGCUCGGUGCGUUCGAUCCAAUCAACGCGGUGGCCGACAUUUGCGAAAAGUACAACUGCUGGUUCCACGUUGAUGCCGCUUGGGGUGGUGGUUUGCUGCUGUCGAAAAAGUACCGCCAUCCACGCUUUACCGGCAUCGAAAGAUGCGACUCGAUCACAUGGAACCCGCACAAGCUGAUGGGUGCGCUGCUGCAGUGUUCAACGAUUCACUUCAAGGAGGAUGGUCUCCUGAUUAGCUGCAACCAGAUGUCCGCCGAGUACCUGUUCAUGACGGACAAGCUGUACGACAUCAGCUACGACACCGGCGACAAGGUGAUCCAGUGCGGCCGGCACAACGACAUCUUCAAGCUGUGGCUGCAGUGGCGCUCCAAGGGUACGGAAGGGUUCGGCAAGCACAUGGACCACCUGAUGGAGCUGGCCGAGUACGAGGUGAAGCGCAUCAAGCAGCAGUCGGACAAGUUCUACCUAAUCAUGGAGCCGGAGUGCGUGAACGUUUCCUUCUGGUACAUCCCGAAGCGCCUGCGGGGCGUACCGCACGACGCGAAGAAGGAGCAGGAGCUGGCCAAAAUCUGCCCGAUCAUUAAGUCGCGCAUGAUGAUGUCCGGCACGCUGAUGGUCGGCUACCAGCCGGACGACCGUCGUCCGAACUUUUUCCGCUCAAUCAUUUCCUCGAUUGCCGUCACGGAGGCGGACGUUGAUUUCAUGCUGAACGAGAUCGACCGUCUCGGGCAGGAUCUGUAAGCUGCCGGCGAGGUAGGCGGUGGGUGUUGUAUGUGUGUAAGUACGUGUCAAAAACGCAUUUAAAAGUGCACAAACACACACAUUUUAAAACAAAAUCGAAUCCAACCAAUGAGUAUCAGUUGUGAAGACAUAUCAAUAUCUUCAACCAAGUUGUAGUGUUGUGUGGCCACAUCUCCAGACGCCACGCGCAAAGGACAAACUGGCGAGCCAACAACAUAAGCACACACAAAACACUGGCUUUAUUUAUCAUAACGAAAUCUGUGAGUGUGGUUUUUAAAUCGCAAAUACCGUUAUUUAAGAUGUAAUGCUAGUUUAGAUGAACCCCCCCCCCCUCCACGUAGGGAAGAGAUUUAUUUCUGUUAGCUGCAUAUUAUGUCAAAGACAUAUCACUUUGUUCAGAACCCUUGUUAAACGGAUGCAUUUAAAUCUUCCAAAAAAAAAAAAAAGAAGCGGUUAGUCGGUUCCGUUACCUACUUACCUCUAGUAUGGGUUUGUUUUUAGUGAAAUUUUAUUAAGAUUUCCCAUUUGAAAAAGCCACUCAAACUAUUUACCGGAAUCUUGACUGUUGAAACUCCUCCCCCUGCCUGUGGGAAGCCCAAGAGAGGUGGGGAGAUAAAAAAAAAGAAAUAUAUAUACACAAAAAAACUACAAAAAAAGCAAAGCAAAAACAUGACGAUAAAAACGCUAGAGAGAUAUAUAUACAUAUGUACACAACCCUCCCCACUCUAUAUAUAUGUAUACUUAUACACGGAAUUUACGACAACCUUCAAUCACAACAUCACAGAACUCAGCCACGUGUUUUGGCGUUUUGGAACGCGUGGGGAAAUGCAGCCAGUCUUUGCGCGGACGCAGUUCCACCAAAUCGGUUGCAUCGAUGGCGUUUCAUUAAUUUGGUUUUUCUCAUAUUGCCUCAUCAAACCCCAAACACCCAAAGUUACUUGUUGACUACUACCACAAUGUCUCACGCAAAUUUGUCUCGCGGUGUUGCUCGACGUACUCGAGAUAGUUGAAUGUGCGCGAUGUAGAUGCAAAAGAACGAACAGAACCAUAAAGCUAUCACCACUACCACGUUGCAUUUUCGACCGUCUAUAACCGUAAAAACGAAACCGAAGGCAUUUACGAAACCACACUACAAUAGUCCAAAGUCAAGCAAAGUUAGUGACAAAUUACGUUAUUUACAAUUGAGUAAGCAUAUCUCACUUAUCAUGCCCUUUUUUUUGGGGUUGCCCCUUAAGGUGAACCUUUUACACCGGACAUUGUGUUGCAGCAAAAAAAAGAAGCGAUUGUUGUACGACCGGGUAUAAAGAUAUAUGUAAAUAUUAGGCUUUUAGGUAUGUUGAACGCUUCAUGUCUCCUACCGUGUGGGCAGGAAAGCAAAGGAGGGAGAUAAAAACCAUUGGUUAGGUAUGUGGCAAGAUAAAAACGACAAGCGAAUGAAAGAGAAAAAACGGAAAAGAAAACAAACCCUGUGACUGAGAAUGUUAUCGCUACGCGAAUAUAUAUAUACUGUUGAGAGCUGUGCUGUGCUGUGUGUGUGUAUCCUGUAGUAGCGCGAUCGUCGUCCAGCUCCUUCAUCGCCCAUUGUGAUAAGAAAGAUGUAGACUAAUCUUGCAAAUGCGAUGGGCGAUCAAAGAGUUAGUCCACACGAGGCGCGCGUGUGUGUGAAUGUGUAGCAAAAAAGUGUUAUAAAUUGUAUGGUGACCGGAAGUUUCGCGGUAAGGGACUGAAACGCAUUCGUUUAAGUUGCUCGUAU